CGGCUUUCAGUUUCAUACGAGACUUGCCACAGAGAACAACAUCGAAUUGCGGUGAAAUCUCGAGGAAAACCCUUGCACUCAGAGUUCAAUGCAACACCCAGAGAGAUACCUUGAAUAUCGGUAUUUACGCGUAAACCCAAAAAAUACAAAAAGUGAAUAAACAAGCGACAUUCAACAAAGAAACCCAAAGAGACACACUCCAAAAGUGACACAAACAGAGUUCAUUGGACGGCCGAGAGAGUGGAGAGACAAAGUGAAACGACCUCCCCCAACGCGCGCAAAAAAGAGCGAAAAAAAGCCAAAACAAACACCCACUGCAUCAUCCAGUACUGCAGUGCUCCUUAUAAUCCCAAAAGAGAGAGAGAGAGAGAGACAAUAGCCACAGACAUGGAUGUUUGGGGAUUCUGUGUCAGCGACUCCACAAUGGCAUAUGGCGGAUCCAUGCGGAAUGGCUACUACCGCGACUACGAGCAGUUCCCGUACGGGACUCUCGAGUCCACCACCUCGCCCUAUGCGGUCAAGGACUGCUACAGCCGUGUCCAAGAAAAGUGCAAGCAAAUAAAGUCCGAGAAGCAGAUGCGCAAGGACUGUCCCUUCUGCAAGGAGCACAAGAAGCGGCCGCUUAUCAACUACAUGCGCAAGAGGGAGCAGCGCAAGCACCAUGACAGCAUCUGCGAGGACGAGGAGGAGAUGCACGAGCACGAGCACAACCACUCCCACACCCAUGAGGUGGUCCAGCAGCCAGCCCCAGCGCUGUCCUCCGUCCUUGCCAACCAACAGAGCUGCAAGGUGUAACUUGGAAUGGACUU